CGGGAGAGGCGCCGCGGGGAGCCGGGGCUGGCGGGGCGGCAGCAGUGCCCUGUACAUCUCUUCCAGCAGCGAUGACGAAUUUGAAAUGUUUUUAGCUAGACUGAAAACUCCCAGAUCUGUUUCUAAAAAGGCAGACACAAGUUUGAAAGACUUCAUUGAUGACUCAGACGAUUUCUUCUUGGACUCAAAAGUGAAAAAAAGCACAACCAAGAGUGCACAGAAGGAUCUUCAGAUCCCAAAAAAGCUGACGACUCCUGGAAAGAGAAACACUUGCUGCCAGGAAUUGCAGUUCCAAGACACUUCAAGUGACACUGAAGAUUCUGUCUUUGCAGAAAGCCCAUGGCAUAACCACCGAAAAGAGAGAGUGAAACACUUAAAAGAGAGUCAGAAGAGCCUGAAUCUUUCACCUCCACAAAAUCAGAAAGAGUCAGUUUCCAAAGGCAGUCCAGAUUUACUCGUUAGAAGGAAGGAAAGAAGCUGUGAAAAUACAGAAAACGAGUUGCCAGCUGUGGCACUAGGACACGAUACACGUGUGGAGUCAGAUAGCUCAGAUGACAGUUUUGGAUCGUUAAUGGAACGGAUCAAGAAGCGAAGUGUGCCUCGAAAACCAGUCUUAAGCACAAGUAAAACUGUCUUCCAGCCAAGCACGACAGAAAACAUCAAGCCACCUUGGAAAGAUGCACAGCCUGUGAAAGGGGAGGGAGUCAAGACACCAAAGCCAAAAUCCACUUCACUUCAAGAAACACCUUCCAUCAUAAGGACUCCUGCAAGAAUUCCUGGGAAUGAAUCAGCCAGUUGUUCACAGUCAGCAAAGACAGACAAAAGGCUCAGGGUAUGCUCAGUGCCUGAUUGUUUCUUGCAAGAUCUUUCAAAUCCAGCUUCCCCCUAUGUGAAGUAUUUCAAGAAAAAUAAAGAGGAGCUGGCCCAGAAGCUCUACAGGCUGUUUAACAGCACCAUCUUUGAGCAGAAGUUGCCAGAGAACAUGGAAAUAACCUGGAAUAAGAAAAUGAGAAAAACAGCGGGGUAUUGUGUGACGGGGCAGAGGGGAGGCCCUGAAGGGAAGCGUUACGCUCGCAUUGAACUCUCUGAGAAAGUCUGUGACUCUGCAGAUCGCCUCCGGGACACGCUGAUCCACGAGGUUUGCCACGCAGCCACCUGGCUCAUCAGCGGUGUCCGGGACGGCCACGGGAGGUUCUGGAGGUUCUAUGCCAACAAAUCAGCUGUAAUUCAUCCAGAACUGCCGGUGGUGACACGGUGCCACAGCUAUGAGAUUAAUUACAAAUACACCUACGAGUGUGUUCGGUGCAAAGCUACGAUUGGGCGGCACUCGCGGUCCCUGGACACGGCGCGGUUCGUGUGCGCCUUCUGCGGGGGGCAGCUGGUCCUCAGGCAGCCCCCGGGCAAGGGGGGCACCCCUGCCAGGACACAGCUCACGCCCUUUGCCAAGUAUGUGAAGGAAAACUAUGGACUUGCCAAGAGAGAGCAGCAGGGGCUGAGCCAUGCAGAGGUCAUGAGGAAACUCAGCGCUGAUUUUGCUUUGAAAACCAAGCUGGAAGAUUCUUUUUAAUGUCUCGGUACACCCUCCUUUCUUGGUGCUACUUAAAUUUUGUAGAGUAGUAAGAGCAGCACUUACACACAGCAUGUGUUCAGUGACUCCAGGAAGGGAUUUACUGUUCCAUCUGGGCAGCUGACAUGCUGUAGACUCUGUGUGUGCUGAAGAAUUGCUGCGUGUGCAUCUGGCUGUGAUUGCCAGAGGCAAGAAAUUCCAGGCCCACCAGCCCAAAUCCUCUGACUCUGAAUGACUCCAAGGCAGGAACAGGGGCAUACCUGAGCUGGGCUUCAGCAUGGAUUCAGGUAUUCUCCCAUGCAGAGCUUUCUGAGACAUCCUUGGCUGUUUUUUGUUAAAAUUAAGUGCUGCCUUAAAUCCCUUAACAGAGUAUAUGAAUUUCUCCAAAGCCCCUUAGCCCUCAGUAACAGUAAUGGGGCUCUUUGAUACCUUUGAAUAUAACACACCUCUACACUGAGAUUUCAUGGAAACUAAAAUAGAUGCAGAAGGUCAGGUUGGAGAAAGCAGAUUCACAGACUUUCCCUCAUAGAAUGAGGAGGUCUUGAAAAUGGCUUAAGCCUUUUGUGUAAAAUGAAACUGACUAUGUGCUAUUGUGUUUGUGUCUUCUGGAAGCAAAUUGCUCAGGGGCUUAAUAAUUUUUAUAAUCAAUA